ACUUUCCCUUUACAUCCAGAUAUAUAUCAUAUAUGUGUAAUCUAUUCUAGAUGAUAUCUUUGAACUGACGGUUUUUAUUUUUAUACUUUUAAUAUUUCUUGAAUGACAUAUAUGAAUAAAUGUCUCACAUUUAUAUAUACCCGUAUUAUACGUAUUAGAUAUAUAUGAAUUAUGAAAUUAAUUUUUAUGUCAUUUGUUUAUCUUUCCAUUCAUUUAUUUGCCAUUUAUCCAUUUUAAUAAAACUGCGAUUGCUAUAAUAUAAUAAUCAAUUAUAACUAUAAUAUAUAGAUUUAUCCAAGAUAUUAACAAGAUUUUAUUAUUAUAAAGAUUUUAUUAUUAUAAACUGCAGUUCACUGAUUGCGAUACAUAGAAUAAGUGACGAAAUAAAAAUGUUUUUGUGUUGUUAGGUAAGUAUUUAUUUAAUAAAAUUUAUUUAAAAAGUGUGAGUAUCGAAAUCAAUAUGCUGAGUGCAAGUAUGUGUGAGAUGAAGUGUGUAUGAAAAGAAGUUACAAAUGAAAGUAAAAUAAAAUCUUGAAUGUUUGUCGUCGGUCAAGAAAAGGCACUUGGUAGACUUGAAUAAUUGCUACAUCGCGCGGCCCGGUACCUACACCUAUCCGUUGUUGCUCACGUUCACAACUUCAUGCAUUGACAUGGACUUUGGAGUUUGGUGUGUGGAUUGUGUAAACAUAUGUAUAGAUAUAUGUAUAAUGUAAUUUAUAUUUUAAAUAUAAAAAAAAUGUCCCGAAGGACCAGCGCGAUAGCCGUGUGUCAUUAAUAACAAUUUUGCAGUAGCAUAUGACCUUUUAGUAUCGAUUGCAUAAGUGCCAUAAGUGAUUAAAGAUCUUGAAGAUUUUGAUCGUGCGAAAUAUCAUCGAUCCCCUCUCGAGCGCGAAAGACAACAUAUUUAAAAGAAUGGAUCGUUCUGUCGCGUCAUUCCCGGUCUGAACGCCGAGCAAGUGAUAUUUCUGCUAUGCGAAUUGAAACGAAUCAUCAUCUGCGUCGCCAGAUUACUUCCACCGAGACCUGUUGCAUUCGCAUCGAUCAAUUUUCUUUCUCAAUCAUGACUUUGACGUUGUAUUACGAUCUACUGUCACAACCUUCGAGAGCAUUAUAUAUAUUUCUCGAAAAGUGUAACAUACCGUACGAAAAGAAGUUUGUAAAUCUGAAGAAUCGCGAGCAAUACACUCCAGAAUUCGAACGGAUCAAUCCAUACAAGAAAGUUCCUGCCAUAGAGCACGAUAGCUUCAAUCUCUCUGAAAGCGUAGGGAUUGUGCGAUACAUCAGUCGAGAAUUUAAAGUGGACGAUCACUGGUAUCCGUCCGAUUCGAAAAAACAGGCGAAAGUUGACGAGUAUCUCGAGUGGCAGCAUCUCAACACGAGACUUCAUUGCUCGGCGUACUUUUUAGCGAAGUUUCUUAAUCCGCUCCUACGGGGUAAACCGCCAAAGCCGGAAAAGGUGGCCGAAUUGGAGGGUCGUAUGAGCGAUUGCCUCGACAUUAUUGAAAACGUAUGGCUAAAAGAUAAGCCGUUCUUGACGGGAGACACGAUUAGUGUGGCUGAUAUAUUCUGCGCUUGCGAAUUGGAACAACCGCGAAUGGCUGGUUACGAUCCGAAAAAGGGGAGACCACGAAUGACUGCCUGGAUGGAAAGAGUUGCCGCGGAAACGAGCCCUCACUAUCAAGACGCUCAUAAAUUCUUAAACCAAAUUGCCGCCGCAAAGCUUUAAACUUUAAUUACAGAUAAAUACUACUCUCUCUCUCUCUUGAUAUAUGAUUAAAUAUGUAUCAUAUAUAUGUGCAAUCUAUUCUAGAUGAUAUUUGGUUAUUUUGAUACUUUUAGUAUUUUUAAAAUAAAUGUUUCACAUUUAUAUACGCAUAAUACGCAUUGUGGGAAAAUUAAUAAAUUUAUGUUAUUUGUUUA